AUGCUGGAUUCGAACAGCCCAGCUUGGCAGCACAUGCUGCAAGAUCUGGCGUUGGUUGCAUUGAGCCUAUUCUUCCUACCGCUUGACACAUUCAUCACGUUCUGGAGUCUAGCUUACGGCUAUGUCUUCCAAUCGAAGGUCGAAAACAACAGGAGGAUAGCACGACAGAGGUUCGGCUUCAAGCCAAGGACAAUUCUCGUGACGGGUGUUGGUAUGACCAAAGGCUUGGCACUAGCAAGACUUUUCUACGAAGCAGGACACGAUGUGGUGGGCGCUGAUUUCGAGCCGAUGGGCACAAGAGUCGCCGGACGAGUAUCCAAAGCCGUGAAGAAAUUUGUACCUUUGAGAAAACCCAACAACAAAGACGGUUCGGCUCGUUACAUUCAAGGCCUGCUUGACGUGAUCGGCAAAGAAGGAAUUGAUCUUUGGGUCAGCUGUUCUGGUGUAGCUUCAGCUGUGGAAGAUGGUGAGGCGAAGCAGAUUGUGGAAGCUCGAACGCGAUGCAAAGCCAUACAAUUCGACGUGAAGACGACACAGAUGUUACACGAAAAGCAUACUUUUAUUGAGCACACCAAGGAACUGGGCCUAGUAGUGCCAGAGACAUACACAGUUAAGAAGCGAGCAGAGGUUGACGAAACACUUCGAGACGCGCCACAAGGACGACGAUACAUUAUGAAGACGAUUGGUAUGGACGACGCGAAUCGUGGAGAUAUGACCCUCCUACCCAAGAGUAGUCCUCAGGAGACUUCGAAGCAUUUAUCUAAACUGGCCAUUUCCGAGAAGUCGCCAUGGAUCAUCCAGCAAUUCAUCAAAGGACAAGAAUUCUGCACACAUUCUCUUGUUAUCAAAGGUCAUGUCAAGGCUUUCGUGGCUUGUCCAUCUGCCGAGCUUCUGAUGCACUACCAAGCCCUCCCUACCAACUCCAGACUAAGCAAAGAAAUGCUCAAAUUCACUCAAAACUAUGCCAAAAACGGCGGAGACUCAUUCACAGGACAUCUGAGCUUCGACUUUCUAGUCGAGGAUGCUGAGCUUGAUCUACUCCAAACCGACCCGAACACAGAGAUCAACUUAUACCCCAUCGAAUGCAAUCCCAGAGCGCAUACAGCUGUUGCAUUGUUCGCACACACAACUUCCAUGGCAGACGCUUAUCUGUCCCUCCUUGAUGAAUCAGUCAAUGAGCCAUCGUCAUAUGCGGAAGCGGCUGCAAAUGGUACGCUCAACGAAAACAUCGUGUAUCCCAGAUAUCCCUUUGGUCGAUACUAUUGGGUCGGCCAUGACCUUGUUAACCUCCUGAUCCUUCCUCUCCUCAGCCUAGUCACAAUGCAGCACGACAGCUCCGUCUCCACGUUGGUGAAAGGUCUUGACGAGUUCGUAGACAGAGUGGUUUUCUGGAGGGACGGGACUUACGAGGUAUGGGAUCCUAUGCCCUGGUGGUGGUUGUACCACGUGUAUUGGCCUUGGCAGUUCUUGCUAAGUCUGUACACCGGAAAGAAAUGGUCAAGGAUCAAUGUAAGCACGUGUAAGAUAUUCGAGUGUUGA